AUGUCAAAAUCUGACAUCUCAAGUAGUUCCGAGGCAGAUGAGGCGCUACCGGCCCCAGAAAAGUCGACCUUAUGGAGCCGCUUCAAGUCACAUAUGAAGAGGUUCUGGUGGGCAUACUUGAUCGCAUUCUGCAUCUCUGUCCUAGUCAUCAUUCUCCCACUCUUUUAUGUCGGGAUUCCCAAUUUCGCGAACGAUUAUAUCAACAAGUAUGAGUAUGAUUACGAUGGCCUCGAGAUUACCAACCCCCGGCCAACCGCCUUCCAUGUCAAACAAAAGCAAAGCCUUCAAAUGGGUGGAUUUAGUGGUAGUGGUCAUAUGAAUGCGUUCAAUGCCACAUGUCGUCUCGAAGACACUGACGAAGUUUUUACAGUCUUCCAAGUGCCUAAUAUUGCAUUUGGAAACGGCGCCGCCCUUGAAAUAGACCAAGAUUUGGAUUUGUCGUGUGUCGACUGUCUGUCGCGAUUGGCCUCUGCAGCUGGAUCUAACAAGAGCUCUUCUAUUUUGGUUGAAGGUUCGCCAGAUUUGAAAUUUGGAUCACUGCCAACCGCUCAUUUGACCAUUCAUAAAAUAAUGGACGUGGGUGGUUAUAAUGUCACAGACUUUAUCAAUGCCGAGGGAGCAUUUAACGUCACCAGUCUAGAGUUGCUGGACCCUCCAGUUGAUGGAUACAAUUUCAAUGCCACAAUCUCCGUGCGCAAUCCGAGUCCGUUCAUAGUUGAGAUGGGACAUGUGACUUUCAAUCUCACCAUGGGUGGUUCGGACUUGGGAUGGGUCGAUUUGCCCUAUCUGCGUCUGGAAAAGACCAUCAGCAACACUGUGGUACUCGGCUCGGUUGAUAAAGAAAUGUUGAUUCACGAGGCCAUUUCGGGUGACGAUGAAAUUGGCACUGUGACUAUCGAUGUUCAUGGGAGAAGCUGUUCUUUCAAGGGUGUCGAUAUCCCUUACUUCACAGCCGCCAUCAAGGCUGUGUCUGCAUCGGCAAGAAUCGAUAUAUUACAAUACGCAUCAAGUUUGUUUUCUUGA